AUGUCUGGUGUCAUGAGGAAUGAGGGAUCAAUACUAGCAUAUGGAGCUUUUCCGCAACUGCACCGUAAUAUCACUGAUAAAGACUUUGAUGAUAUGGUUAUCAUAACAAACCAGUCAUACCAUGGAUUGAAGUUACAAAGUAUUAGACAAUUUUACCUCAAAGAUGACCACAAAAAUCACUCGUCGGAUGUGUUAAGGCAAGCGUUUUACGCGUUUUACGGCGAUAUUGACAUCAAAUGUCCGACAUAUCUAACGGCCAAACAAUACGCAAAUUAUGGCAUCAAAAGUGGUUCAAAAAAUAGGGUUUAUUUCUAUGAACUGACAUAUGAGUCAAAAUUCGCUAAAUUCAUGGGUUGUGAUGAGCACAUGGGUGUCUGUCACGCAUCGGAACUGGAGUUUGUUUUUGGACUUCCCUUAUGGGUCGACAAACUAUAUCCUAAAACUCAUACCCAACUGGACGUGGAUUUCAGUUUAUACGUCAUGAAACUGUGGACUGAUUUCGCUAAAUAUGGUAAACCGGAUGACCAAUGGCUGCAUAUAUUGGAUAAUAAUUUGAUUAAUGUUAAAGACUUGAAUCCAAUGAAUACGAGUCGAGAAAUGGUAGACCACCAAAAGUCAGAUGUGAAACACAUCGCUGACAUUGUGGGUGAAUGGGGCAAAUGGCAAUUGCACCUGGUCAGUUUUAGCUUCAUUCUAUCGGCAGUUGGCGCUAUCAAUAACAUGGGAUAUAGUUUCCACGCUUAUGAUAAUGAUUUUUGGUGCAGUGAUGUUCCCGACGAUUAUCCGACAUGA